UGUAAGCAAGCCAUGGGCUCGAUCUCCAUUUUCCAAAAAGUACAACUUAGAAGUAUAGGCGGUCAUUUUUCUCCAUCUUCACAAACUGCGUACUUGUAUCGCUCCAUGCGCUCUUCUGGCCAUUGGGAAUACGAAGAAAAGAGUUCGUCGCCUUAUGGAAGUGUGUUCGGUCUCGAUUUCUCUCCACGAGGAGACGUAGUGAUUGCAGCUUGCGAAAAGAACAGUAUACUGAUGUUUGACCCAUACACUCAUCGCUGUGUUAAGGCAGUCGGUCGAGCACACAACGACUGUGUCAAUGGUGUGAGAUUCCUCGACCACAGAACAUUCUUGACAUGUUCAGAUGACAUGACAAUAGCUUUAUGGGAUAUUCGGAAUGUCGAUCAAAAGGUCACCAGUCUGGAGGGGCACACUGGCUGGGUGAAAAGCAUUGAAUACAGUUAUCGAGAAAAGAUGGUGGUGACCACUGGAUUUGAUAAUACAGUCAGGGUUUGGGAAACGAACACAUUUUCUGAUGAUUACACGAUUGGUUACGUAGUAUUCACCAUUCAAUAUAGCACGAGACUCAAGCUGACGUCCGAUGACAAUAAGAUGGUAAUAGCGACAUCUGUGGGGCUCAUAUUAGUCAUUCACAAAUUGUCACUUACUUUCCUUCAGGAGGAUAUGCGUGGGUUUAACCCUUUGGAAGUAUGGAUGGCUCACAGAGAUGGCGACAGAAGAUAUACAGAAACACUUCAUUUUCAACACAACAGGAAUCGUGUCCAAUUUAUCAGCGAUUACUUACCAGACAUGUACCCGUGGUCAAUAAACUCUAUAGAAAUUCAUCCCAAAGGGAAGUGUGUCUUGAGUCGUUUUGUAUCAGAAGAAUUCAACUCAGAGUGGACGACCAUCCAUGCCUUGGAAACUAAAACAGAUGACAAUCGGUCGUUGCUGUGGUAUACAGAGGAGGCUAACAGAGAGAGAGAUUACAUAAAGGAGAUCUGUUUCAGUGCAGACGGUCGUGUGGCUUGUUCACCCUUUGCCUAUGGGAUUAGAUUGUUCUCGCCUACCGUUGACUGUGAUGUUUUUACUGAACCGGAAGAGUUUGAUGACAUGCAACCCACAGAGCUGGUGGAAAUCAACUCGGUCAUUAGUCACAAGAAUGUGGUGCUCACUACGAAAUUUUCACCUGUGCAUAUGUUGUUUGUGAGUGGAUGUCUUGGUGGUCGAGUAUGCUUCAGUCAACCUCAUCUUGCAUAAUUUAAUUAAUGGAGAUAAUGUGGUAAGAGAAGACGAAUUUUUUGCUUUCUAUUUUGUUCAUAUUCGAAUCUCGGCCAAACUCAAACUGCUGUGCAGCUCCUGAUGUGCUACUUUUUUAGUAUGUACCGCAUUACAUGAGCCGCUUCGGCCCAUUUGUUUUGUCAACUUAAGUACCCGGAUAAUUUGUAGCACGUGAUAUUGCAGUAAGCCUUGGAGUCCAGACAGUAUAGCGAGCAAUAAUAUGAUUAUCAAUAUGGUACAGUAGUCCCCCUUCACGCAUGAAACAAAACGAGCAACGCGUGGUCUGUUGCUAAUUCCCAAAAUGAUGGCUGAUAGCUAAAUUAGUUAUGAGCCAGACAAACUGACUUUGUAAAGUCAUGUGACUUAGCGAUACAAAAGACGGCUGGAACGAUUUCCAGUUUGUGACUAUGUAACAUUUAUGGCUAAUUUGAGUGUAUGGUAACUAAACUCUUGCUAAGAACG